AGUAAAACUAAAGCCUUGGUUUUACGCGCACGUGCAGCGCGCUGAAGGGCGGCGGAGCAGCGACGCGGCGACUAUAAAAGCCUCAGGAUGCGACCAGUGUCACCGAGAGAAGCUGCGGAUGCAUCGCGGCGCACCUCAGCCCGAAAGCAUCAAUCAGCUCUCACACCUCGCAUCUAUUUUAGGAACCCAUCGGGUCACUCGGCUCGGCUCUGAACGCGGAUAACCAUGGGUUUCAUGUAUGCAUCCACAACGGCGCGCUUUGCGAAGUUAGCAAGUUAGAAACCGGCCGUGACUUGUUACUUCAAGAGGACUCAUCCUCUGCAGAAGCAUGCAGAGCAACGCCUCCGGACACCUGGCCGCCGCGAGCGUGUGCGGAGGCGAGGAGGACGAGGACGAACUCUCCAAACUCAUCAGCGCCACCGGAGCAACGACUCAUCUGAACCUGUCUCUGAACUGCUGGCUCCACAUCCUCUCCAAGGAGUCCUCGCAUGACCUGCACGCGGACAGCGCGAACCUGGCAGUGCGAGUCGUCAUCGCUCUGGUCUACCUGGCGGUCUGCGUUCUGGGGCUUGUGGGUAACCUCUUGGCACUCUUCCUGCUCCGCUCCCUUAACCGGGGCCACCACCCCUCCUCCAUCGACUGCUUCGUGAUGAGCCUGGCGCUGACCGACCUCCAGUUCGUCCUCACCUUGCCCUUCUGGGCCGUGGACACGGUGCUGGACUUCCGCUGGCCCUUCGGCCGGGUCAUGUGCAAGAUCGUGAGCUCGGUCACCACCCUGAACAUGUACGCCAGCGUCUUCUUCCUCACCGCCAUGAGCGUGACCCGCUACCACGCCAUGGUCACCUCUCUGAAGAUGGGAAGCCCUCGAGUCGCCACUGCUCGGGCCAAAUGGGCCAGUUUGACCAUUUGGUUGGUGUCAAUGGUGGCGACGCUGCCGCACGCGUUCUACUCCACCACAGUCCAGGUGUCUACAGACGACGUCCUGUGCUUAGUGCGCUUCUCCGACUCGAGCCACUGGGAUCCUCAAGUCCUGCUCGGACUCUAUCAGACACAGAAGGUCCUGCUGGGAUUCGUGUUCCCCCUAAUCAUCAUCUCCGUGUGCUACCUCCUCCUCCUGAGAUUCAUCCUGAGGCGGCGCGUCGUGGGCGCCGUGGUCAGCGGCGGUGCCACCGAGAGGUCAGAGUACGAGAGAGGACGCCACCGCCGGCGCUCCAAAGUCACCCGCUCUGUCACCGUCGUGGUUCUGUCCUUCUUCAUCUGCUGGCUGCCCAACCAGGCCCUCACCCUGUGGGGGGUGCUGAUCAAAUUUGACUUGGUGCCCUUCAGCAAGGCCUUCUACAACACCCAGGCGUAUGCCUUCCCCCUGACCGUGUGCUUGGCGCACGCAAACAGCUGUCUCAACCCGGUGCUCUACUGCCUGAUCCGAAAAGAGUACCGAGCCGGGCUGAAGGAGCUUCUGCUGAGAGCGUCGCGCUCCGUCCACAAUGUCCUCCGUAGGAGAGGCAGGCAGGCAGAGGAAGCCCCAGCCAGCCUGGGUAUGACGCACAAAGACAUCGAUAUGUGAUUCACUGAGAGGACGGGUUGGACGUGAAUGCAAUUUUUUCCUUUUGAAGAUAAUCACCAACCUCCGUGUUUGCAGGCUGGAAAAAUGAAGGCAUGCCAGGGAAUGCAUUCCCCGAAAUAGCAAGCUUUAUUUACUAAAGGAAAUUGUCCCUUAUGAGUCAAUUUUACAAGCCGUGUCUUAUUCGGUGUCGUUUUCUAACCGUGUCCCUGUAUGACAGCUUCAUUAUGCACUUUUAGUUUCUUAUUACACUCUGUCUCACUCAUUCGUUUUCCUUUUCAAAUGCUUAAUUGUGCUUCUGUUGUUCUCUCUUGCGUGACCGUGGAGUAGAACCUAGCAUGGAACUGCCACCCAUCAUCAGGUCUCCGGGUGUCCGCCUUGCUGUACCGCCAGAAAUUAGUUUUGUGAUUACUUGUGUGUGAAGUGACAUUAAAUAAAACGAGAGGU